AUGACCACUGUUUUCAAUCAAGCUAUUCUCAGCGAUUUUCAACAGUCCAACCUAAAGACUAUCCUCUCUGACGAGACUAUCCACUCUAACGAGACUAUCCACUCUAACGAGACUAUCCACUCUAACGAGACUAUCCUCUCUGACGAGACUAUCCACUCUAACGAGACUAUCCUCUCUGACGAGACUAUCCACUCUAACGAGACUAUCCACUCUAACGAGACUAUCCUCUCUAACGAGACUAUCCUCUCUGACGAGACUAUCCACUCUAACGAGACUAUCCUCUCUGACGAGACUAUCCACUCUAACGAGACUAUCCACUCUAACGAGACUAUCCUCUCUGACGAGACUAUCCACUCUAACGAGACUAUCCUCUCUGACGAGACUAUCCACUCUAACGAGACUAUCCACUCUAACGAGACUAUCCUCUCUAACGAGACUAUCCUCUCUGACGAGACUAUCCACUCUAACGAGACUAUCCUCUCUAACGAGACUAUCCUCUGA